AUGAUUUCACCAAAGUACACCAACAGCCAUGCUUUCUACCCAUUGAGUCACUUCAAAGUGGUACCAGCUCAAAUUAAUUUAUACUUAGACUAUAACUGUCCUUUUAGUGCUAAAAUUUUCUUUAAAUUCAAACAAUCUGUCAUCCCCCAAUUGGAAAGCAAGCAUCCUGGAAAAUUUCAAUUUAAUUUCAUGAACGUAAUACAACCAUGGCAUUCGAAUUCAAAUUACUUACAUGAAUUUUCAUUGUCUGUGGCCAAAUUAAUUAGAGAAAGGGAAUUGACAUCAGAGCUUUUCUGGUCAGUUUCCGAAUCACUUUUCAAAAAUAUUAAGAAAUUCUCAGACAAUGCUAAUUCAGAUAAGGGAAGAAAUGAGAUUUACGCAGAUAUUUACAAAGCUGUGACUGAAGAUGUUGAAUUACCUUUCAGUAAGGAAGAAGUAUUGGGAAAUAUUCAGAUCGCUCAAGUAAAAGACGAGUCAGAUUAUGAUAAUGCAGGUAAUGCUGUGACUGUUGAUGUUAAAUAUUUCACCAGAUAUCAAAGGACCGUUGGAGUCCAUGUUACACCUACAGUCAGUGUCAAUGGUAUUGAAAAUGGUGGUAUAAGUAGUGGCAGUGAGCCCGAAGAAUUGGCUAAAAUUUUAGAAUCCGCUUUGUAG